UCAACUCCAUCCCGUCCUUUUAGAUCAGGAGCUAUUUUCUUCAUUUCGUGGCUUGAUGCCAGCUCAGGUUUUUCUUUUUUGAGAGCAGAUAGUUCUCCGGGUAGACCCAGAAGUUUUUAUGGUGCUCUGCUGAAGGUCUUCAUCAUGAACUAUUGCAUUCCCGACAUGUACGAGAUGCCUCACACCGGCGUCGGGAGCUAUCCGGUGCAGGGAGGUGGGGAAUAUUGCAUGUACUCGGACGAAGGGUCCGGGUAUGGCAACUGUGAGCCUCAGCCCCUUCAUCAUCCACCCUGCAUGGAGCAGGCUUGGUCCCCCAGCCAGCACUACUCGUGUUCCUACGCCGCUGGUCCUUCUGUUUUUAAGAGUGAGUUUUGCAGCAUGGAGGUCCCUCUCAGUCACUUCCACCAGCCUGAGUACUUCCCCGAGAUCAAACCUGAGUUUUCACACCUGCGGUGGAUGCAGAGUGCGCACAGAAAAGGGUACAUACCAAGUUACCUGGACAAGGAUGAGCUAUGCGUAGUGUGUGGGGACAAAGCUACAGGCUACCACUAUCGCUGCAUUACCUGUGAAGGUUGCAAGGGAUUCUUCAGGCGGACCAUCCAGAAGAAUCUCAAUCCAACGUAUGCCUGUAAGUACGAGGGCAAAUGUGUUAUUGACAAAGUGACCAGGAACCAGUGCCAGGAAUGUCGCUUCAAGAAGUGCAUCGCAGUGGGAAUGGCAACAGACUUGGUGUUGGAUGACAGCAAGCGGCUGGCCAAGCGGAAGCUAAUCGAGGAGAACCGGGAGCGCCGUCGGAAGGAGGAACUGCAGAAGACGGCGUGGGACCGACUGGAGCCCACCCAAGAGGAGUGGGACCUCAUCCGCAUGGUGACCGAAGCCCACAUGGCCACAAACGCCCAGGGCAACCACUGGAAGCAGAAGCGGAAAUUCCUGGUCGAGGAAGCAAUGCUUCUUAAUGAAAUAACAUGUAAUUUAUUCUAUACUUCUGACCAGAGUGCAGCGGGGGUGAAGGAAACUAAGCCUGAGGAUAUUGGUCAAGCGUCCACGGAAAAUGCACCUGAAGGAAGUAAAGUGGACAUAGAAGCCUUCAGUCAGUUUACAAAAAUUAUCACCCCUGCCAUAACCCGAGUGGUGGACUUUGCCAAAAAACUGCCUAUGUUCUGUGAGCUGCCUUGUGAAGACCAGAUCAUCCUGUUGAAAGGCUGUUGCAUGGAGAUCAUGUCGCUGCGGGCUGCCGUUCGCUACGAUCCAGAAAGCGAGACCCUCACGCUCAACGGCGAGAUGGCAGUGACACGAGGUCAGCUCAAGAACGGAGGCUUGGGCGUAGUCUCAGACGCCAUCUUUGACCUUGGCGUGUCGCUGUCCUCCUUUAACUUGGAUGACUCUGAGGUGGCUCUUCUGCAAGCUGUUAUCCUGCUUUCAUCCGAUCGUCCAGGCCUAACCAGUGUGGAGCGAAUCGAGCGUUGCCAAGAGGAGUUCCUGUUGGCCUUUGAACAUUAUAUCAACUACCGCAAACACAAAGUGGCACAUUUCUGGCCCAAGCUGCUAAUGAAGGUGACGGACCUGCGGAUGAUCGGCACCUGCCACGCCAGCCGAUUCCUCCACAUGAAAGUGGAGUGUCCCACCGAGCUGUUCCCUCCUCUGUUUCUGGAGGUCUUCGAGGACUGACCAGUGGAUUUGUGUGUGUGUGCGUGUGUGUGUGCGCCUGGGCACCCUGGUGGUCUCAGGGUGGAACCAGCAGAAGCCCGUCACAACGAACCUUCAGCACUACUGAGUGUCACUUCAUUCCACCUUAGAGUAGCUCUCUGGUCUAUUUUUGGAUGAAACCAUUCCUGACAGUGCGGGUACAUGUGAAUAGCUUUUUGUUCUGUCAUUGUUGUCAUGGAUAUAACAUCUCACCUCAGAUCUGA